AUGAACCAAAUCACUCCAAAGAUUUCUGAUUUUGGCUUAGCCAAAUUGUGUUCCAAGAAUCGUAGUUUGGUGUCCAUGACAGCUGCUAGAGGAACCUUGGGAUACAUUGCACCUGAAGUUUUCUCCAGGAACUUCGGAAAUGUGUCCUAUAAGUCUGAUAUUUACAGUUACGGAAUGUUGCUGUUAGAAAUGGUUGGAGGAAGGAAGAAUGUAGACAUGUCAUCCACACAAAAUUUCCAUGUUCUGUACCCAGAUUGGAUCCAUAACCUGGUUGAUGGAGACAUACACAUCAAUGUUGAGGAUGAAGGUGACGCUAAAAUUGCGAAGAAGCUAGCCAUUGUUGGACUUUGGUGCAUUCAGUGGCAGCCAGUGAACCGUCCAUCCAUAAAAUCUGUCAUACAAAUGCUAGAAACUAAAGAGGAAAACCAAUUAACUGUGCCUCCUAACCCAUUUCACUCAACAACUUCCACUACUGUCAGGGGACUUAUUUCAGGAAGAAGACCUUUGGAGUUGGAAGCAAUUCAAGA